ACAGAAGAAGAAAUGAGUCCACAGGUUUGUGACGAGUGAACAGUUUGAAAAUCCAUCAGUGAGUGAAGCUGCAGACAAGAAACAAUAAUCCAUUCAACAAACAGAGUGUUUCCAUGGAGAUGAUGAUGUGAAGCAGCGGUGGAAGAAGCAAAAGCAGCAGCGGCACAGUGUAAAAGUACUGUGUUCGAGUCCCAGUAACAGUAUAAAGCAUCCUUUAUAUAGCGCUGGCUAUCUGAAGCUAACAUGAUCCAUCAACAUGUGAUAGUUACUGUGUGUUUGUGUUAAUAAUGUGCAGAGUGAGUAAAAAGUGCAGCAUUUGGCCUGAAAUGUAGUGGAGUCCAGGUCUAAUGAGGUCCAGGUCAGAUGUAAUGUCAGUAAUAUCAGUGUGAGCAGUGGAUCAGUAGAAUCUGAAGCUGAUACAGUAGCAAGUGUAUUUAGUGUUAGUUCAUUUAGUGUGAGCAUGUGAAGAAGAAGAAGAAGAAGAAGAAGAAUGUGCUGACCUGGUCUGAGGGAAAGGCUGCUGCGGGACUGUAGAAGGAAAUCUGUAGAGUGAGGACAUGAAAUAUAUUCAGAUGGGACAUGACGAGGUUUUGCUAGUUCUUGUUCUAAACUCCUGAUAUUCAUUUAAUUUCAUUGUAGACCAAAGAAAAAAUAAAGAGGUUCUUGCAUAUAUUGAUGAACUGAAACUUUUAGAUACUCGCGCGUUUCUUUCUUGGUGAAAUCCUCCCAGCGUCAGAUCCCGACCAGCUGAAAAAUGAAAAAUAAGAAUUUAGAAGACACAAAUGUCGACACAGGAGGCAGCAGUCCCAGCACAAAGUAUGUUUCAGCUUCACUCAUUAAUAAAGCUUCAUCUGAAACAACACGUUACUGCUGAGAUGACGUGUUUAUCAGAGAAUAACGGGACAUUAAUGGGGACUUUAAGGAUGUAUGUUUCUUAACAUUAAAUGAUGGUGAAUGAGUGCAUCAGUCCGGCACGUCAUCAUGCCAUUACCUCUUUCUUCCUGAGCAUGAGUGUUUCUUUGUGCGUGUGUAAUGGCUUGAAUGGAGGUUCAAGGCUGUGAGCGCAGUCUAAUGGGUUUAUAUUUACCUGAUGCUGCUCAAUUUGUUCCAUUAGAAAAACAAAAACACGGCCCGUCAGAGGAAUGACUUUACUGUGAGUGACUUCAGCUUCAGAAACAACAGAAUACAAUUUAAGGGACGACUUGGGUUUGAUCUAAAUAAACUACAAUAAAAACACUGAAAUAGAACAACAAUAUCUGUAGUAUUUUGCAACAGAUAACGUUGACGUGAGUUUAGACAGAAGCCUGUGAGGUUACAACCCGUUCACAAAUAGGCAAUAAAAAAUAAAGAUCACACAGCUAAUUUAACAAUACUUUUCAUAUCUUUCAAUAGCGAUAAUUAUCACGAUAAAUAUCAAAUCGUUAUUUCGUUGGAGUUUAAAGGCUGUUUUUUGCUCCUGAGUGAACUUAAACUCUUUAAACAGUGGAUCAAUUCACAAAUCUGAGGUACAACGUUCAAAACUAUUAUGAUAAAAUAUUUGUAAACAAAUAUGCACGAGUAAAAAAAAAAAAAAGUAAGGAAGAUGCAUUUGUUGCGGCAUUUGCUGGUUCGCUCAGCGAGAAAUUUGCUUGACACUAGUUGACUAUAGUGCUUUCCACACGAGACAACAAAUAUCAGUGUUUCCUCUAUAUGCAUUCAGGAGGUUUCUCAUGUUGCCUAUUUUUAUAUUACUGUCUACAGAUACCUGUGUGUAUAUAUAUAUAUAUAUAUAUAUAUAUAUAUAUAACCUGUCAGAAGCUGUAAAAUGAAGACACAAACAUGAACAGUCGUGUCUAUAAUGAUUCUCAUUAUAGACACGACUCAUAAUGAGGGGGUGACGCCCAAAACAUGCAGUGCCAUCACUGUAAAAUCACUUUCCCCAGAUCUAAAGCUUGUAGUUCCUCCAGCAGGCUGAUCUUUGGCUGUUGGUUAUUUAUUAUCUGCUCUAGCUUUUCUUUGUUCAGAGAUAUGGUGAAAAUAAUAUGAUGAUUUUUUAUUGGAGCAAAGUUGGGGUUGUCACGGGUUGUGUUUAUUCGUGUUAUUCACGCGAGGAUUAAAUUUUAGACUCCUAGUGCAGCUUUUAAGAAGAUUUCUUAGAGGAAAACCUUGCGGUGGAAGCUCGUCAUGCACGUAGACCUUUAGAGAAAACUUCCAGGUGGGUGGGCGACGUUAUAUUCGUCACCUUUCCCUGGACGUAGUGAGAUAAACCCUCACCAUUAGAGACACUGAGGCUUCAGACAAAGGGAAGCAGGUGUGUGUGUGUAACUGUACACCCUGACCCGCAGGUCUGAAUCCCGGCUUCCCUCCGAUGACGGCAUGUCGGUUCGGCGUUAAUCUGCAAAAUCUGCCGGCUGACAUUUAACAAACAGUGAGGCUCUGAAUGGAGAUUUAUACGGUUUCUGGUCUUUGGUCUAGUGUAGUGUGUAACGAUCCAAUUAAGGCUGCAAUGACUGUUUUCUGUUUUCUGUUUAAUUAACUGACUGAAGGUUGAUUUUAUUUGUGUGUUUGUAAUUUGUAGAGACAUUGUUCCUCUUCCUCAUUAUUUUUUCCCCCAUAAAAACUGGAACGUUUUUAAGAGUGUGUGUGGGAGGAGGAGGAGGAGGAGGAGGAGGAGGAGGAUCCAUGUGUGUUCACAAGCAUGAAUGAACGUGUCCUUGGCUGACAGAGUAUAAAAGUCGGCCGAGUGGUCGGAGCGACAGAAGAGGAGAGAAAUCGACAGAAACCUCCGAACGACAGGAAAACAACAGCAAUAAGAGAAGAAGAAGAGACGCAGAGCGACAGGACAGAGUGGAGAAUGUGUCCUGCGUGGCUAUUGGCGGCUGCGGUGCUUGUGGGCGUGGCCAGAGGAGCUGUGGGUCAGUGCUGGGAGCAUCCGAGCUGCCAGGAGCUCGACUCAGAGAGCAGCAUGCUGGAGUGCAUCCAGCUUUGUCACUCCGACCUCACCGCCGAGACCCCUGUCAUCCCCGGGCAGGCCCACCUCCAGCCUCCGCCUCCAUCCGACUCCUCCUCCUCCUUCAUCCUGCCUUCCUCCUCUCCUCAGGCCAAGCGCUCCUACUCCAUGGAGCAUUUCCGCUGGGGGAAGCCCGUCGGCCGGAAACGCCGCCCGGUCAAAGUCUACACCUCCAACGGCGUGGAGGAGGAGUCCGCCGAGGUUUUCCCCGGAGAGAUAAGGAGGCGGGAGCUGGCCACUGCGUUGUUGGCAGCAGCUGAGGAGGAGGAGGAGGAGAAGGCGCAGGAGGUGAUGGAGGAGGAGCAGCAGCAGCUCCUGGGCGACGUCCAGGAGAAGAAAGACGGUUCGUACAAGAUGAAGCACUUCCGCUGGAACGGCCCGCCGGCCAGCAAACGCUACGGCGGCUUCAUGAAGAGCUGGGACGAGCGCAGCCAGAGGCCGCUGCUCACGCUCUUCAAAAACGUCAUCAACAAAGACGGACAGCAGGAGAAGUGAGAGGAGGAGGAGGAGGAGAGGGAGAAAACGUUUUACACAGGCAGCAAAGAGUUCUGAUUGGCCAGGGAAGCUUCUUAGCAGACACAUUAGCGACCAAUAACAAGCUCUGAAACUGUAACCUGAUCCUGAAUGACUGAAACAGAUAAAGAGUGAGAACGAUGUUUUGAUAUCAGGUCAUUUAUGUAAAUAAAUGUAAAUUAUGUGAAAAAAUAAAGUUAUUUGCAAGCAAAA